AUGCCGAAUCGGUGCGGGAUAUUUCAUGUUCGAGAGUCAAGUUCCCCGGAGCAGACGAGGGAAGAUGAUAUUGACGCGUAUCUAGAGAAGAGAGUAGAGCAAACUAAACCUCUACUAGAGGUGAAUAUAGCAAUACCCCUGGAGGAGGCGGGAGACGAGAAAUAUCUAUGUCCGCUCUCUGGAAAGAAGUUCAAAGGAGCAGAUUUUGUCCGAAAGCAUAUAUUUAACAAGCAUGCUGAGAAACUAGAGGAAGUGAAGAAGGAUGUUCAGUUUUUCAACAAUUUUAUCCAGGAUCCCAAGCGACCUAAACUUCCGGAGAAAUCCAAACCUAAACCGGUUUCCAAACCCACUCAACCGGAAUACUAUCCGCCAGUAGAGAGAGCCAAGGCUAGUGUUAAGGACAGAUUAGGAUUCAGGAAUAUCAAGGAUUUAAAUCACAGAGAUUGCUCCGAUCCAAGAAGAAUGGUGGAUUACACUGACUUAGAUUUUAACGACGAUUUAUUUUAA